AAACAGAGCGUUCAAAUCAGGGUAGAAAAAAUGCCUUUUAUUUCUAAAUGAUGACAAUUUUCAAUGAAAAAAGCAUACUAACAUUAUACCCCCGGAAACCCCAGGAAACAUUAUAAAACAACGCAGUUCAUGAUCCAUUUAAUUUAUGUCCGUUGCCCGUUGUCAGUUUUAGUUAUUUCCAAUUAGUAUUUUUAGCGCUUUACCUUAGUUAUUUCGGUUAGUUAGUUCAUCUGAUACUUAUAUUUUAUUUUGUGGUAUUUCAGCUUAAUUUUAAUUAACAAAAAUGUUUUAAUAUAUUUAGUUAACAAUUGUCUGUAUGCAUUCUGAAUUUAUUGCCUAUUAUUGGUUAAGAUUGUAACCUUUACUACAAUAACAUUAACCUUCUGCUUUUAUGGUAACAUUUUUAAAAUAGUUCCCAUUAGUUAAUGCAUUAACUAUGAUUAACAAUGAUCAAUAUAUCAGUUACAGUAUUAAUAAUAAAAUAAUAAAAAUAAAACUUUUCAUUGUUAGUUCAUGUUAGCUCAGGUCUAUUAAAUAUUGUUAACAGGUACGACUUUAGAUUUUAAUGAUGUAUUAGUAAAUGUUGAAAUUAACAUUAACUAAGAUUACUAAAGUGUUUUUUCAUUGUUAAUUCAUGUUAAUUAAUAAAGUUAGCUAAUGUUAAUAAAAAGGAACCAUUGUCAAGAUGUUUCAGUACUCACAACAGCAGCUUAAAGCAAUGACUAAAUAGCUGUUUGAUGAUUGGUUAACAAUAACUAAUACUGACAUCUGUCAAAAAGGAAGUUCUUUUCUCAGGCUUUUGAACACUUGCCCUUCAUAAAUAUUUUGCUAUUAGACCAGGGACAUGCAUUAAUACAGUAAAUAGGGUUCAUCAUGUGGACUUCAGUGAUAGAAUCCCUAGUGCAUUUCUGUAUUUCCACACUCUCCUAUUUAAUCCCACAUUCCAGACACUGUACGUCAUCACCACCAUUGUCUCUCAAUGCUAAUAUUGGAGAAGGUGCGUGUGGCCCUCCUUUGGUCCUUUCCGUCGAGCAGCGCUGCCUCUUUGACGAUCAAUAGAGCGACAUCAUUCCAGCGUCAUCUCCAUGGAAACCAUCCUGUUCCGCGCCCGUGAUUGGAUCUCUCCCAGAGCCUGCUUGAAUGUGAUUGGAAGACCCACCCCCCCACUCUAUCUCUCUCUCUCUCUCGCUCAGCCACACGCUCUCCUCCUCUUCAUCUUAAUGUUGUUAUCUUACCAAACACACAUUUAGGCAGAGAACCGAGAUCCAGCGUGAGCGCUGAAGCAUCACUCAAAACAAGGAUCGUUCCUUCAUGAACUGGCACAUUCAUGCGGAGGGGAUGAUAAGGAUGAGAGGACGGCGCAAUGAGCCGAGUGCAAAUCCAGUCUGUGGAGAGAGAGGAAAUUAAGAGACCUGUUAGAAAAUAAGACAUCACCUUCUGUCUUGGUCUUUCUACACGGUUGUCCCUUUUUUCUCCCUCUCUUUGACUCUUUUGUAUUAACAGCAGUAGGACGUUGAGCAAUAUAUGGAUGACGGCAACAUGCUGAGAGCUUGCUGCAGUCCUGGUGACUAAAUAUCAUCAGAGCUUUAUACAUCUCUCUGCGUUUCUUGAUCUUGGAUUUCCUUUUGUACAUCAAGACAUCAAGACGUUUCUGUUUUUUAUAUAUGAAGUUAUUUUGAGAGCGAUGCACUUGAUUUGAGGUACGUGAGCUUGGCAGUGUCUCUUUAAGAAUCCGCAACAGCUUUUUCGUAUUGCGACUUUGCAUUUUUUCUUGCAUUAAUGAAUCGUUUUUGAGAAGCUGGUCUAGAAAACCUGUGACUGUUAGAUUUAUACCACUUUUUUCAAGCGGUGUAAAUCUAUUUCCUCAAUGUCCUUGCAAAUAUACCCUUUUGGAGGCAUCCUUGAAACCUGUCGGAAACGAAGUAAUGCACGACUUAUGCACUAGGCCAGAGCCGUCCGAACCUCCUCAACACGGUUCACCCACACCAGAGAUGAGUAGCGGUGAACCCGAAUCUCCAGCUGGCCCCGGGCAUCCCGACAGAGAGAAGCCGGAGGAGAGAGCGCUGGGUUCAGACGACCUGAGUGGGAUGAACCUGGGAUCCUCCACGACUAAUGGAAACGGCAGUGUGACAGUGCCGCCCACCGUUUUGGGCAAGCGGCAUCAUUCUCUGUACGAGGGGCUGAACGGAUGCGAGGCAGGAGGUUUUGGAAAGAAUGGCAGGGAUUACGGUUUCCUGGUGCGGCAGAACUCGGAGCUGCUGCGGGCGCUGGAGGAGAUGGAGAAAUCCUGUGCCGCUCUCAGAGAGGAGAACAGGAUACUGAGAAAGAGCAGUUCUCCAGAAACGGAGGAGAAGGUGAAGAGGUUGAGGAAGAAGAACACCGAACUCGCCGUCAUCGCCAAGCGUCUGGAGGAGAGAGCGCGAAAACUGCAGGAAGCCAACCUGAAAGUGGUAAAUACCCCUAUGCCGGUGAAGCCGGGCGCUGUGGAGCAGUACAAGCGUGCGUUUGCCCGUCAGAGAGCCAGAGACCUGGCGCAGCACGCAGACACACUUCUGUGUAAAGAUAAGCAGAUCGCAGCGCUGCAGCAGGAGUGCAGACAGCUAGAGACGCGGCUGGGACAGGGGAAGGGUCCUGUGGGAGUCAGCGAGUUCGAGCGUCUCCUGAAGGAGUCUCAGAAGGAGGUGCUGCGUCUGCAGAGACAGCUGUCUGUCACCUCCAGCAGUGCCACAGCAGAAAUCCCUUCAGAGAGACAGGACAGAGACCACAGGGUUGCAUUUGAAACCCCGCCCACAGUAGUAGAUGAGGCCCCAGUUAAGGGGGAGGAGACUCCUGCAGAGGGGGAGGAGUCCGAAACAAAUGUAAAGCCCGAACAGGGCACAAGCUCCACCCACCAGGAAGAGCAGACCACAGAAGAGCGUCUUCAGUUGCUGGAAAGUGAGUUGGGCAAGAAGAGGAAAGAAUGUGAAGUUCUUGAGCAUGAGGUCCGGAAGAGACAGAAACGAUGUCUCGAUUUGGAGAACCAGCUAGUGGACGAGCGCAGCAGAAAUGAGCACUUAGUGGAGGAGGCAGAACUCCUCAGGAGAAAGGCUCAGCUGCUUGACCAGUCUCAGGCUGAAAAUGAGGAGCUAAAGGAACAGCUCUGUGUUUUGAGCGCACAGCAUAGUUCAGUUUUGGAGGAGAACCAGCGACUCCGUGCAAAGCUGGAGAACCUAGAGCAGGUCCUAAAGCACAUGCGAGAGGUCGCCGAUCGCAGGCAGCAGCUGGAAUUGGAGCAUGAACAGGCACUGGCAAUCCUCAAGUUCAAACAGGAUGAAAUCAAGCGGCUUCAGCGGGCUCAGUUAUUUGCUAAAAGAGAACAUGAAGGUGUCGUGCAAAUGCUGGAGGAUCUGGUGCAGCUCGUAUUGCACAGAGAGCUGGCAAAAGUUCGGGAGCUGGAGGAGAAAUGCCGCAGUCAGAGCGAACAGUUUGGGAUGCUGUCACAGGAACUGGAUAAGUUUCGGGUUCAGGCCUCAAAGAUCGACCUGUCGGGCCCCGGCCUGCUGUCGGGCCCCAGUCUGACCCAACUGACCAAUGGGGUCGGCCUGCCCGGUGAGACUGGCACAAAUGCCUCAUGGGAAGACAUCGCUUUCUGGAGUUUGGAGGGUAAUGAAGCCCUCUUUGAUGCCUCUGAGCCUGAUGUUGCUGCGGUCUUGCGGACAGGCUCCACUCCACAUGCGGCUGAACUGUCACGUCCCGAGCGCUCACCGACCACCAAACACCGAGAGCUGCCCGCCAUCAGCGCGAAGUCCGGCUCCACGUCCAGCCCCACGCCACCCCGAUCCGAGACCACGCACCUCUCCCCCAAAUCCGCUGGCUCUCGCCCGGCCAGUCCCCGAAAGGCCAGCCCUACACAUGAGGUGGACACUGCUAGUGAAGUUGAGGAGCUGGAUAUUGACGUUUCUCCAGCGCCGUAUUCGGUCAGUAAAGGAGCGGCUAAACUCCAGGUCUUUAUCGCACGUUACAGCUACAAUCCCUAUGAUGGUCCUAAUGAUAACCCAGAGGUUGAGUUGCCCCUCACAGCGGGAGAGUAUAUUUACGUCUAUGGAGACAUGGAUGAUGACGGCUUCUAUGAGGGCGAGCUGAUGGACGGUAGAAGAGGCCUUGUUCCCUCCAACUUUGUGGAACGUGUGUCGGACGACGACUUCAUGAGCUCACACCCUCACCAGGCUGGCGAUAUGUCCCAUAAUUCCUUCCAGGAGAGCAGCUUUCACAGCGGCAGUGAGCGGCUGCACCAACACCACUUACGUUUCGCCCACAGCACCUCUGAGAGGACGGAGACCUCCACAACAGCCUCAGCUCCCGGUGACAAUGCCAAAGCCAACCCCGCUAACCCUGCCCUGGCCGUCCCGCUCACCAACGGCUUGGACUUGGAUCUAGAGGAGGUGGGGGUGGACACUGUGCCUUACCCCCGCAAGCUAACACUAAUCAAGCAGCUAGCCAAGAGUAUCAUCAUUGGCUGGGAGUCUCCGCUAAUCCCAGCCGGCUGGGGUUCAGUGUUUAGCUAUAAUGUCUACGUGGACCACGAGUUGCGGCUCAACGUGCCAUUUGGUACCCAAACGAAGGCCGUUUUGGAGAAGUUGGAUUUAGCGCAGAAGGCGUAUCGGAUUGCAGUGCAGAGCCUGACGGAGCGCGGUAACUCGGAUCAGCUGCGUUGCACUAUGCUCGUUGGGCGGGACGUGUGCGUGGCGCCGACUCACCUGCACGCUGAACGUGUAACGGCUACCUCGGCCAGCCUGACCUGGCUACCUAGCAACAGUAACUAUGUGCACAUUGUGUCUUUGAACGACGAAGAGUGCGAGCUGGUAAAGGCGGGAUGCUAUUCACUGUGCCUCAGUAACCUCACACCCAACCUGCAUUACAGCGUUAAAGUGGAGGCCAGGCCGCACCGCACAGCCUGGGAACUACCGCCGGAGUGCCGAGAACGCAAAACCGCAGUGACCUCUUUCACAACCCUGACUGCAGGUCCUCCUGAUGCUCCUCUGGAUGUGCAGUUGGAGCAGGGCCCGUCUCCGGGAAUAGCUCAGAUCAGCUGGCUGCCCGUUACUAUAGAUGCUGCCGGGACGUCCAAUGGUGUGCGAGUCACUGGCUACACCAUCUACGCUGACAAAAAGAAGGUAUUAGAGGUGUCGUCGCCCACGGCAGGCAGCGCUCUGAUUGGUCCAUCUCAGAUCCAGACGUUACAGGCGGCCCAUGAGCUCACCGUGCGAACCAUGUCUGCUUUUGGCGAGUCGGUGGACUCAUUGCCGGUGAACGUGCCCGCAAAAUUGCCUGCCAUCAUGUCCGGUGCCUCAUUGCCUCAAUGCCAGUCUGUGCCAGCCGCCGCCAGUGUCCUCACGGCCAGUGCCAAUCUAGACCCUGCUGUCUGUGCCACAUCUCUCUCUGCUGCCAAAAUGCCCAUUCUGCCACAUGCUUCUACACUAGACGAGCACAUGUCUGGUCCUGUUCGGGGAGUCUAUGUCAACACGCCCAAAGCAGUCACUCAUGAGGCGCCUCCCUCUCCUGCAUCCUAUGUAGAAGCCUGGGCAAACCCAACAUCAGCUGCACCACUGACGAUUGCCAUGGCAGCACAGGAAGCACUGCCGUUAUGUGCCUCGCGUACUAACUCAACGGUGAGUGUAUCUGCACCCAUGGUCACACCUGCACCUGUGGUCAUGCCUGUGCCUGUUGCCACACCAAUGUCCAUGGCUGUACCUGCUCCCUUGAACACAGUACCCAUACCCACUCCAGUGUCCGUGACAGUGCCAGGUCCUGUGGUUGUGCCGGCACCUGCCACCAUGCCUGUGCCCAUGUCUGCACCUGUUGUUGUACCUGCAUCAGUGCCAGUGCAGUCCAGUGUGGCCCCUGCUGCGCCGAACCCCAGCAGAGAGACAGACAGCCCAGGAGCCCACCGUCCUGUUGCCUCCCUCUCCGACUUCCUGGAGGACCCCCGUGCCAAACUUCAUACACCGCCACCAAGUUCCACCUGCCACAAAGUUAACAUCCCAGGAAAGGACCCUCUUGAUGUCCCAGAUACGCACCCACUGAGGCCUCCCAAUCCAUCGCCUUUUGAGUCAGAGACCGAGGAGGACAGGGAAAACACUAGGCUUGUGUCCAUCGAGGAGUUCCUGCGGCCUGUACCUCAACCUCGAAUAAAGGUAUAUGCUGGUGGUCUUAUGGACCCUCCCCCAGACUACCAUGGAGAGAGCAGUCGGUCUGAUCUGUCUGACAUACUAGAGGAAGAGGAGGAAGAUCUGUACUCUGAGCCUAUCACUGACAUCCCCUCCAGAGGUUACGGUACAGCUCCUACGGGAAGGUGUGAAUUGUGGGAAACUGACAGUGAUGAAGAAAUUUUGGAGAGGAUUAUAAAGCUCCCCCAUCAGGCCUACCACAACAAACAGCUCUUCAGCAUCCCAGAAGUCACGGAAGAAGAAGACAACACCGAAUCAGAACCCCACUCUCGACAUUCCCCUGGCCGGACUUCUUCAGGCAAGGGCAACCAGAGUGGACAUGAGGGUCGCCGACAUUCUCCCCACCGCCACAAUCAUGGACAUAAAACUGAAUCUGAAUCGCCCGUAGUGAGGUACAAAGGGACAGCGCCAGUCAGGGCUAGACCCAGAGUGCACUACGCUGACACGGUGGACACCAUCAACUAUCUGGAUGAGGAGGAGGUGGACUUGGACUCUGACAGUAGCCUGUACACUGGGCCUAGUUCUGGAAGUGUGAGUGUGCGCCACAAACCGCACAAAGGACAUGGCGACCGACUAAGGAGAGAGGCCUUACUCCGUAGCCAGUUGACUUCAGAUCUCUCUGGCAUUGUGGCAUCUUCAGGAACAGGGCAGGGACCGUAUUUAGUUAGCAAGACCGUACACCGUGUGAAGUCGCCCACCGGACCCUCAACAGAGAUUGACGUAGAGUAUGGAACCGAUAAUGAUGAGGAGCCUCAGCUGUUUGACCCUGGAGAAGUGGUGUUAGAGCAGAUGAGCUCUGAGUGGUGGGUGGAGGGUGGUAACAAUGAGUACCACAACCUGCCUCUAACAUGCAGACCCCAGUCAGAGCUGCCCACAAGCAACCGCUCAUGGGAGGCAGGUGGAAGAGAAGCAUCGUUGCCAGAUCCAGGUGCAAUGUGGUGCGAUGUCACUCAAAAGUCAGCACGCUCUGAAAUUAGACUGCAUAGAGAGCCCAGACCAUCUGGAGAAAAUGAGGUCAGAGUCUUCGUUGCCCUCUUCCCGUAUGAACCUGCAGUCAUGUCACCCAAUCCUGACGCUGCUGAAGAGGAACUUCCCUUUAAAGAGGGCCAGAUUAUCAAGGUUUAUGGGGACAAAGAUGCCGAUGGUUUCUACCGAGGCGAGGCGGGUGGUCGUCAUGGCUUUGUCCCGUGUAAUAUGGUUUCAGAGAUCCAGGUUGAUGAUGAGGAGACCAGAGAACAGCUCCUGAUGCAGGGCUUCCUCUCCACAGAGGCGUCUAUGGAAAAGAUAGACGCCCGCUUACAUGCACCGCUUCCACGCCGCACCGCUGCACCGCCGAAACCUAGACGCUCCAAGAAAGUGGAGUCUGCUGCGGUGUGGGAGGACACGUCUGCUAUAGACUCCUCCAGUCAAGACCUGAGCCGCUCCGCCGCCCCGAUGGGAAGCUCUAGACCCCGCAGGAUGGUGGCCAUCUUUGAUUACGACCCGAGAGAAAGCUCCCCUAAUGCAGACAUAGAGGCUGAGCUGACCUUCAGUGCGGGCGACAUCAUCUAUGUGUUCGGUGACAUGGACGAUGAUGGCUUCUACUAUGGGGACCUCAAUGGACACAAAGGCCUCGCGCCUUCCAACUUCCUGCAGGCUUUUCCGGAGACGGAAGAGGACUCCGGACGCACGGAGCACACGGUGACGGAGAGCCGCAGAGAUUCACAGGUGAGCCAGACAGAAUCUUCCGAGCAUCUCGAUCCCAUGAGCUCCUCUCAGCCAGAACCGGAUCCACCAGCUCAGCCAGAACCGAACCCUGAGCAGAAACCGACCCAGAGCUCCUCUCCACCGGCGACCCCUCCGUUCCCCGACGCCUCUCUGCCCGAGAAAAAGAAGAAAGGUUUCUUCUCCAAGGGCAGGAAGCUCUUCAGAAAGCUGGGCUCCAGCAAGAAGGAGUAGCGCAGCGAGCUGUGAGCGGGAAGGAUCUGCAGAUUGCACUUUUUCUCAUGUGUCGUGUCAGUUUGAGUGUGUCUGGUGUGAUUGAACAAUAGGAGAAUCAUUCUCAUUCUCUAAUUUUUCGCCAUGAUGCAAAUUUACCAGCGCUUUCGCUUGUCAGACUGUUUCUUCUUUUUGAAAAGCAAAUAAUUGCAAUACUCAUGUGAAUAAGGGAGUUUCAGCAGUUGAGCCCAUUAAAGCUGUGACUAGAACCCACAAACUUUAAUAACAGCAUCUAGACAUGAAAUAACAAUCAAGCAUCGUCCACUGAAAGGCAAAGCACACUUAUGAGGAGAUAUGAAGUGAUGUUUAUUCCAAGAAUUUUGGAAAAUAAAAUGGAGAGUGACAAAAAAAAAAAUAGUCACUACAGAAAUAUUUUGCACUACAAGUAGGGUCCAAGACUGCAGAACUGUGUCCCUUUAUCUGUUUUAUGUUGUUGAUGUUUACCGGUUAAGACUAGAAGAUGUGGCGUUGAUACAAACCGGUUAUUUAAACCAGUAAGUGAUUCUGACUCAAAUCAAAUCUUUGCAUAUUAUUCCAGUUAUUUUUACUGGAGAAAAUAUGAAUGAUCACAGACGAGGCCGAAAGCUUCACAUAUGUUUGAUAGUAUAUCACACUUGCUGUUGAAUCCACUGCAGUUUCAGAUUAUUCUACUGAGAAUAUUUUAUUAUAUUCUACACACUUUUGUGCGAUUUUCUAUGGAAGCUUGUUUCCACCACCAAAUAAAAAAAUAAAGGUAAUUGCAACUUUUUAUCUCACGAUUCUGACGUUUCUUAGAAUUGUGAGUUAUAAAGUCAGAAUUUCCUCUUUUAAAGUCAGAAUUGAGAUAUAAAGUCAGAAUUGCGAGAUAUAAAGUCUGAAUUUCAUCAUAUAAAGUCAGAAUUGCGAGAUAUAAAGUCAGAAUUGAAAUAUAAAGUCAGAAUUGCGAGUUAUAAAGUCAGAAUUUCGUCUUAUAAAGUCAGAAUUGUGAGAUAUAUUCUCGUAAUUCUGACUUUAUAAGACAAGAUUCUGACUUUAUAUCUCGCAAUUCUGACUUUAGGGCCCGGUUUCACAGACAGGGCUUAGCCUAAGCCAGGAUUAGGCCUUAGUUCAAUUAGGGUAUUUAAGUAGCUUUUAUAAACGUGCCCUAGAAAAAACAUCACUGGUGUACAUCCUGAGACAGAACAAUGGCACUGAUAUAUUUUAAGAUAUGUCAGUACAAGUUACUUUCAGUUCAAACAGCUCAAACAUGCAUUUUAGUCUAGGACUAGCUUAAGUCUCAUCUGUGAAACUGGGGGGGGUAUAUCUCGCAAUUCUGACUUUAUAACUCGCAAUUCUGACUUUAUAUCUCGCAAUUCUGACUUUAUAUCUCGCAAUUCUGGCUUUAUAACUCGCAAUUCUGACUUUAUAACUCACAAUUCUGACUUUAUAUCUCACAAUUCUGACUUUAUAUCUCGCAAUUCUGACUUUAUAUCUCGCAAUUCUGGCUUUAUAACUCACAAUUCUGACUUUAUAAGAGGAAAUUCUGAAUUUAUAUCACACAAUUCUGACUUCAUAAGAGGAAAUUCUGACUUUAUAUCACAAUUGUGAGAAAAAAAAUCAGAAUUGUGAAAUUAAAAAGUCGCAAUUGCCUUUUUAUUUUUUAUUUCAUGGUGGAAACAAGCUUCCAUAAUUUUCAGUUUUUUUAAUGUUCAAAUGACAUUUUCAUUGAAUGUAAUCAAUGAGAAUUUCAUUAUGCGUUAUUAUUAAAAAUGUCCAUUAGCUCAGACUAUAAAAACAUCAUUAUUAUCAGUUUAAACUUUAUGAUUUAUGUUAUUUGCAUGCCGAAAUGGCAUUUUGAACCACAUUACUUUGAUCCGUCUCUGCUUCUGAUGCUGUACAGGUUUUAUUGAUCAUAAUGAACUCUCUGUAUUUUAGUUCAGCUUCGCCUUUUCUCAAACUCACCAACAUGGAACUCAAAUAACAGUAAUAAUUCAUUCACUGAUGUCUGAUAUGGUAUAAACGUGUGUGUGUGUGUGUGUGAGAGAGAGAGACAGAAACAUUGGCUUCUUUCUUCAUGAGCUCUGUCUUAACUUUUUCUCGCUGUAAUUAUUUUGUUCCUCUUUUCUUUUCCUCCGUUUUAGGAGCGUUGUAAAGUCAUGGCAUGUGAGCAUAACACCACACACACACUCUCUUGACUUCAUAUUGCAAUGUAACAUGCUAGUGAAGUUUGUUUGAAAUGCUAGCAUUUGUUUUUAUGUAACUGUCUUGUGGUCUUACAGGGCUCUUGUGAAAUCAUUUCUCAGGUCGAACUGCUCAUCAGUUUUGCGUCUUAAGUCAGCUCGUGCUCAUCUUUAGGCGAGACUGUCCAAACCACACAGUUGAUCUUCUUGCCAAAAACCACAGCAACUAACAACCAAUCACAGAACGCCAGCCGUUUAGAGGGGCGGAGCUAGAGGUGAAACGACCUCACAGACAGGAAGUAGGUGAAGGUUUCAAACGUUCUCAAUGCUCAUACCAAAUACGCUGCAAAAUAUUUGUCUUGACUUCCAGUACAAGUAUCGAAACAUUCUUAAAUUGAGAUACAUUUACUGGAGAAGCAAAAUGACUGAAGAUAUUUAGAAAAAUGUAUAAAAAUGAAGCUAAAUAAUCUUGUUUUCUCUUAUUUUUCUUACCACAUUGGCAGACAUUUUGUCUUGUUUUACAUUUAUUGGAAAACUAUAGUAUUUGAAGUCAUUUUGCUUAAGUAAGUGUAUCUUAGAUAUUUGUACUGGAAAACAAGACAAAAAUACUUUUGCAGUGUAGGCAGAAAGCAUUGUUUUUAGCAUUACUUCAUGCUACUUUUGAUUGUACUGAAUUAUAAUGCAUUAAACAAGCAUCUUAUGGGUAGUGAUGCACUGUACAGCCCCUUGAUAUAAACUUUAGUCAGGUGACUUUCCCCUCGCUGCACUAUAAUCCAGACGCAUGCUGUGAUUCCUGCCACGGCGACGCUGAGGAACGCACAGAUCUUACCGUAAUCGUUGCUACUGCAAGUAGGCGUAUCCUAGGCCAUAAUAAAAACUAGCCUUAUAAGACCUCGUUUAGUCUUAACUUCAAGUUUACUACAGCUGUGUUUGUAAUGACUGCAUGCAUGAUGGUUUUCCAUCUAUACUCUGCCUUAUUUAUUCUAUUUAUGUGUCGUAGUAGUUGCACGUACCUUGCGUUCGUUCGUUUUGCAGUACGCGGAGGAGGCCACGUUUGCAAAAACGUCCAGUACAAGUAUCCAAACACUCUUAAAUCAAGAUGCAAUUACAUAAGAAGCUAAAUGACUGAAGAUAUUAAGUCUUGUCGAAAUUAAUCCGCCAAUAAGGGCAGAAAAAUAAACUUAAUUUAAAGGGAAAACAAGAUUUUGAUACAUUUUUCAAGUCAUUUUGCUUCUCAAGUAAAUGUAUCUUGAUUUAAAAAUGUUUAUUUGCGCUGGAAAGCCAGAUUUUUUGUUGCAGUGCAGUGUUGAGGUCGGUGUGUUUUUGUGAUUUGAGGUAUGAUAUUUUCAUACACUGAGAAAGAGACUCUAUUCUUGUUCUUUAGCAGGAGGAGGAGGAGGUUUUUUGUACAUUUUUGUAAUGCAUUUUUUUUUUUUUUGAAACUCAACUGUAAAUAUUGCUUCUUUUGGUAAAGUAUUUUUUGAGUUUCUUUUGUGCAUGCCGAAACAAUGUUUUUUGGACAGUCACAUGGGCAUCUUGCUUUAUGGGACGUCGUAGUGAUUUACUUGAAUGACUUGUUGCAAUAUGGACUUUUUACAGAAAUAAAGUAUAUUUUCACAUAAAAA